AUGUAUCCAAAAAAUUGUACGUCAGUCAGUGAGAUUGUUCUCUUGGGAUUUCAGAAUCUCCACAACUUCAAGAUUCCCCUGUUCUCUCUGUUCCUUCUGAUUUACAUUAUGACAGUUUGGGAGAACAUCCUCAUCAUAGUGUUGGUGUCCUCCAGCCAGAACCUCCAGUCCCCCAUGUACUUCUUUCUCCAGCAGUUGUCCCUGUCUGAUCUAGUGGGAUCUACAAAUAUCAUACCCACCCUGCUCCAAACUGUAAAAAAUGAAGGAACAACAAUUUCUUUUCUUGACUGUAUAACACAAUUGUAUUUUUUUGGUGGUUCAGAAUCUUUUGAGUGUUUGCUUCUAGCAGUAAUGUCCUAUGACAGAUAUGUGGCCAUCUGUAUCCCACUGCGUUACUCUUCUAUAAUGUCCCACAGGGUUUGUGUUAAAUUCAUUCUUAUAUCAUGGCUCCUUGGCUUUGGCAUUAUGUUGAUUAUUGUGCAUAUGGUAACUACACUAAAGUUGUGCAAAAAUAAUGCAAUUAAUCAUUUCUUUUGUGAUUUAAUCCCUCUUGUAGAACUUUCCUGCUCAGACACUUUAUUUGUGCAAAUAGAUAUAAUACUCAACACUGUCCCUUUAGUAUUUUGUCCCUUUAUACUAAUCUUUGUAUCAUAUAUGUGUAUUGCCCAUGCAAUCCUAAAGAUAGUGUCCAAUACCGGGAGACAAAAAGCCUUCUCCACCUGCAGCUCCCACUUGGCUGUAGUUGUCUUAUUUUUUGGAACUACAGUUGCAAUUUAUGUGGUCCCCCCCAGAAACCAGUCAUUGGCAAUCAGCAAAAUUCUCUCUCUGAUGUACACUGUGGUGAUUCCUUUGGUUAACCCAGUUAUUUACAGCUUGAGAAAUAAAAUUAUGAAAGAUGCCUUGAAAAAACUUUUAGAAAAUAAACUACAUAUAUGUAUUUAA